GUCGCGACGCCGUUCUGUUGAAAAUCCGGCGCAGGUCAACUGAGCACCAACUCACCCCCACUGACUGUUUCGGGAAAAAGGUUCCCCUGCUGCUACUGCUGCUGUUACUGUUACUCUGUCGGCUGCUGCGUUUCGCAUCCAGAUGUAGAACACGUCGGAGUACGUAGUGAAAUAUACCUAAAUUGUGAGCGGAGAGGGAUAGCUGUAGCAAUCAUCUCCUGUUGGUUAAGCUUUCAUAUACAAAUCUCGGCUACUAGACAAAAGCUUUUUCAAUCGACGCCAAUUGACGCUUACGACGCCGCUUAGAAAUUAAAUGCCCCACGGAGCGACGGAUAAAAGAACAUGAUCGAAAACAUUGUCGGCAUUCGUUUCGGAACAUCGAUAGAGUAAAAAAGGCGAUAGGGAUGUAAUCGAGAGAUAUUUAGUUGCUUCGUAACGAAUAACUAUGUUAUGUAAAAAUUGGACGCUACUUUUGUUACUCGUUAUUGUUUUGUGCGAAAAGGCAUUCGCUGUUGAUACUACAACGGCAACGCCUUCAAACACUUCAGACGAAGAUGAUGAUGAAGAUUGGGAAGAUGAAGCUGAAUCUUCAGAAACUUCGACAGGAAAACAAUAUAAAAAUCCUAGAAAUUCACCGUCAACACUUUGUCCUAGAGACGAAGAACAAGCUACUUUAUUGGGACAAAAAUGUUUACGGAAAUGUUCUUCGGACGAAGACUGUAAAAGCAAGAAAAAGAAAUGCCUUUGUGACGGUGCUUGCGGAAUGAGUUGUAUAAAACCAGAUCGUGAAUGUCCUGAACCAGAACAAAUCUCGUUUGGUGGUGUAACAGCAAGUGGUCGUCUUUUUGGUGCUAGAAUAACGUAUACAUGUCAACAUGGGUAUCAUGUGGUUGGUUUGCAGAGUCGAACAUGUCAAGGAGAUGGCCAAUGGGCUGGAACUGCACCAGCGUGUAAACAGAACAUAUAUUGUUUGUCACCGCCAACAAUUGAUCACGCUAGGCACAAUGCCCUUCCGGAACAAACGACCUUCGAUCUGGACUCGACACUCCAGUAUUAUUGCCAUACAGGAUACGUGACCAACGGCUUCCCAAGAGCGAAAUGCCUAGCCAUCGAUGGACAGGCCUCUUGGUACGGUCCGGACAUUUCCUGUGAACCACGUUCAUGCGGUGCACCACCUGUUAUCUCACACGGUUGGCACGCUGGAGAAUGUUACACUUUCGGUUGUCGCAUAAACUAUCAUUGUGCAGAUGGUUUCGAGCUUGUUGGCAAAGCUGAAAGAUUCUGUCAAGCAGAUGGAACUUGGAUGCCUAAAGAAUUACCUACUUGUGUUCUGGUUACAGCGGUACAGUGUCCACCACCUGAAAAUCCUCGUCACGGAAAAGCAAUCUACACAUCUUGCAGCUAUAACUCUGUUGUUAGCUACGAGUGCAAAUACGGUUACACCUUGAUUGGUGAAACGACCAGAAGGUGCGGUGCGGAUAAGAAAUGGUCUGGACAACAACCGUCUUGUAAAGAGAUAAACUGCGGACAUCCGGGACGUUUAUGGAAUGGAUGGUUGGAGAACAUUGAAGGAGGAACAGGAUUGGGUGCCUCCAUCAUCUUUCGUUGUCAUGAUGGUAUGACAUUGGAAGGGAACACUUCAACAGUAUGCCAAAUCGAUGGAAAAUGGAGAUAUCCACUUCCAAAAUGUUUAGCUCCAUGUGUUGUUCCACAAGUAGCUCAAGGAAGAGUUAUUUUGGUUGCACAAAAUGAUACCGCGAUGUCUUCAACUGUUGUAACUCACGGGGAAGCUCUUGCUGUGGAAUGUAAUUAUCAGUAUGAGUUUUUGGCUAGUUUAUCUCCGGUAACUUGCAACAAUGGAACGUGGACUCAUAUUCCUAAGUGUCAACCAGCAAGAUGUAAACAUUUACCCAAAAAUCCAAAACAUGGAAUGGUGAUUGCACCUAAAAUUGAUCACGGAAUGAAGGCAAAGUUUACCUGUAAGGAUGGAUUCGAAUUGAAAGGAAACCAAUUUAUCGAGUGUUCUUUUGGAAAUUGGACUGGAGAAGUGCCUAUUUGUCAAGAAGUUUAUUGUCCAUUUCCCGGAUUCGUUGAAAACGGAAAGAUUCUUCUCGUUGGCAAUAUGGGGCUUUACGAUUAUAGACCUUACGUUCGAAAAGUAACCAACAACAAGCAAAUAAUGUACGACUGCGAUAAAGGUUAUAUAUUAAACGAAGGACCACCAGGCGCAACUUGUAUUGGUGGAAAAUGGAGUCCUACCCAACUACCAAAAUGUGUAUUGGGUCAACAUCCGCGAUUACGUUGGAGCAGGAAACGAAGAUCAAUAAUAGUAGAACGUUACAAACGAGCCUUCAUAAGAUACAAUAAACAAUUUUACGAAAAACCCUACAAAUUUUCAAUCCCAUCUUAUCUAGAUGAACUAUUCGACGUUUCCAAGGAUAUCAAAAAACGACGAAAACGUGCUUUGAAAGGAAGUUCAAGUAGUAGUAAACUUUCAGUGAUUACACACAAAGGAUCUGGAUCAUCAACUAAUGUGCGUAGAGGUGGCAACAAGAAACCAGAUGAGAAUGAUAUAAUUUUUGGUACAACAAGUCCGAGUCCUUUCAAUAAGAAAAAUAAACACCGUGUACCAUGCGAUCCCCUUUCUGAUGAAUAUGUGAAUAUCGAAGUUGUUAAACAUGGGAAAGAUAAGAAUUCAACUCAUAGCAGUGGUACUGUUAUAAGAUUAACGUGUUUAAAAGGGUAUCUUUCGAAUAUGCCCAAAAAUAAAACGGCGAAAUGUGUGCGGGGAAAUUGGAAACCACAUAAACCUGAAUGUUCUCCACCCCCAUGUAUCCUUCCACAAAUUCAAAACGGCCAGUACCUUUCCGGGUACCGUGCGGGUCUAACAAUAGCAAACGGUUCCAGCGUGAACUAUCAGUGCGAUAACGGCUUCCGAAAAUCUACUGCAAAACAAAUCGAGUGCAUUCUUGGUCAACUAUUUCCACGUGGUCCUUCUUGUACCGCUCAUCUCGAGCUGCCGCCUUCAUCCUCAUCGUCGGUAAACACUUCUCCUUCGACUAACAUCUUUGAUUCUCCCCGAUAUUUAGGUGGAGGGGACAUCGUGAGGGGUGGCGACAUCGCGCAAAUUGAGUUUGGCGGAUCCAUGAAAACUUGCGCGCCGCCUGCUAAAGUGCAAGGUUCGUUGGUGUACAGAAACGGUGAACCCUUGGUGGAUCAUGAUCAAACGUUUCCUGAAGGAACUGAGGUGACCUUUAACUGCAUUGAAACCAUUAUGGGGGAGAAAACCACUUGGAAAAUUAUCUGCGAAGAUGGAAGUUGGAUUGGAAAAUCACUAAACUGCGACUUGGACGAACUCCUCACAUUAAAAUCGCACAGCAACAGCACGUGCAUCUUUCGCAAUCAGGAAAUCAACGUCAUUUCCUUUUAUAACGAUCAAGAAAUCAAGGAAGACAUCGUCGAGUUUCCUUCCGGUGCUCACUUGGUUAGUAGAUGUAUUGAUAUUGGAAAAUAUACAAUGACAGGUCCCAAUGAAAGAAGAUGUAUGGGUGGCGAUUGGGAUGGUCCUAAACCAUCAUGUUUCGGUUUAAACCAAGAAAACGAUUACUCUAUGGAAAAACCACCUACAAUUCUCUUUAGACACCAAUUAGGUCCAAUUGCGCAAACGAACGACGGAAAAUUGAUGGUUUAUCCAGGAACUGUUCUUCACAUGGAAUGUUUGUGGAUGAAGCGGUUCGGAAAUCCCAAUUGGACGGUUAGUCACGAUUACAGAAAAUAUCCUCAAGGAUGGACUGCUGAUCCUGGAAGGGAUUCUCAAUUGGAGUAUCGUUUAUCAAUAUUGCACGCUUCCAAAGAUGAUUCUGGUAUAUUUACUUGUGAAACACCGGCAAGACAUACCCAUUCAGUUGAAAUUAUUGUUCGAGCUGUUCAUUGCCCAGUAAUUCCUCAAAGAAGAGGUUUAUCAGUAAACACUCAAAGCACGAAGAUGAACACCAGGCUAAAAUUUACUUGCGUUAAUGGAAAUGCAUUAAUUGGUACGGCCGAAGUUGCUUGCCUCCCCUCCGGGAAUUGGAGUGCACCGUUCCCUGUUUGUGAAAGUAUUGAGUGCGGCGAAGUCGGUGGUAUUCUUCCCCCGCAUUUGAGGGUAACGAUAAUAUCUAGAGAAGUUGGUGGACGAGCACUUUUUAGUUGCUCACCAGGUUUUGGUGUGAGGGGUGCCCAAGAAACCGUUUGUUUAACAAGCGGUGAAUGGCAAACCCCAUAUCCUACAUGUGUAGAAGUUCAAUGUGAUCAACCAGGAUCGCCGGAAAAUGGUUACAUUCAAGGAACUGGGCCAUACAAAGCUGGAGAUGUAGUCCAAUUUAAUUGCAAUACCGAUUACAUGAUGGAAGGACAACCGAUUAUUGCUUGCCAAGAUAAUGGAAGGUGGUCUGGACCUCUUCCAAAAUGUGUGCAAGCUUGUUCUUAUCCUGGAACGACGAUUAGCGGUCGAAUGUCGUCCGUAAAAUUCUAUUAUAAAAUUGGUGAAAACAUUACUUUCACUUGCGACGAAGGAUUAUCGUUGAAGGGUGCGGCGAUGCUGAAGUGCUUGAAGAACGGAAAGUGGUCGAACGCAAUCCCAACUUGCGUUCCAGAAGAUGCCGCAAAUUCUACGUUAAUGUAUUAAAAGUCGAUUAAUUAAAAAUUAGUAUCAGUUUAAUUAUUAAGCUGUGAUGAUUUAUCGACAUAAUAAUAAUUGUCCUUGAUAAUAUGUUAUUUAGUCCAUCCAAACCGUACAUAUCGUCCUUAUACAUUGUAAUAAGUCCGGAAAAUGUGUGUUAACUUUGAUGAAUAUACAUGUUUACCUCAAAAGAAAUAAAUAAUUAAAAAAUAAAUCAAAAAAAAGUAUCCACCAAAGAAUAAGUAGAAUAUAAAAUAAAAUUAAAGAUUUAUUAUAAUAUUUCUAUCAUAGAUUUUUGUUAGAUUAAAUACCUUUGAAUGUCUUAACAUAGAAAAUAGGACAUUUUUUUUGUUUGUUCGUUUUUUACUUUUGUGCUAGAUUUGUGAAUUAGAUUUAGAUUAGCCAACAAUGAGUUUCGUUUCAACACCUUUUCACUUAUCGUGAGAAAACCGUCUUAAAUGUUCUUAUUAAACGAAAACGCUUAACUAACAUCAAACUAUAUCCAUACUUAAACUAUCUUCCAUUUAUCUGUCUAAUAAAGUAUUUAUUGACUUUA